AAACAGAUCCAAAGCGUCUUCCGCACCAUCGGCCGCGCCAUCAUGGGCGUCGUCAACGGCAUCGGCUCCAUCCUCAUGGCCAUCAUCAACGGCGUCAUUGGCGUGAUUGACGUGAUUGUCGGCUUUUUGACGUGCAACUACUGCGGCAGUCGUCGGGGUCGCAUGAGGAGGAGGAGCGGUGGUAUGGGAAGACGGAGACAUGCGGGGGGUACUGCGGCUAUUUAA